CAAGGGGUGGGGCAAAUGACGUUAAACAAUCCAAAGAAAUGCCGGGCUAGGUUUGGACUAGAUCAGCAAAGCAGUUGGUGCAAGCCUUGUAGGAGGAAAAAGAAGUGUAUUCGGUAUUUGGAGGGUGCAGAUAACGGGGAAAGUGAGGACAAUUUAGGUAGUAUUGGUAGUGUAGAUGCUCCAACACCCGACUCCAAAAGUGACGACGAGAGUGAUCUAGAAGGCAACUCCCUGAACACUUCUGAACUUAGUCUCUCCAGUCCUCCAGUUCCUAAUGACAGUGAUGUAAAGCAAGAACUGAGUGAAAAUGGAGUUCUAAGUAAUUUUUCUCAUCCUUCGUGUUCCACUCUAGGCCCUCAAAGAAGCAGUCACCCAUUUAGCAUUCAGCACCUAACGGCUCCACACUGUAACAGCUCCAGUGUAGUCUCUCGUAAAAACUGUGACAGUAAAUCAUCAAACAUCCCCAUUCCUCAACUACCAACUCCUCCCUCUACGGAUUCAUCCACAGCAACAGUCCCACAGCUGUUGACUGUCACAUAGCUUCAGUCCUCUUAAGAAAAGGCUUAAGAAGGAACUGUUUGAGAAAGAUGAACGGACAAUAUAUGUAUGUAGAUAAUGAAUUUUUCUUAUAGUGGCUGUUCAUUAAUUCUGUUGUUGCUAGAACUUUUUGUUGUUGUUGUUUUUUCUAUUACUAUGGUGCUGUCUUGAAGCAAAGCAAAAUUGCUGUGAAGUUUGAAAAUGAUUUUGUAACAAGGUUCAUUGAGAUAUAUAUGACAAUCAGUUGUUGAAAUUGUGUUCAGUUUGAAUGAGAAAUUUAUGUUUUAAAUGUUAGACUAAGUACAGAUUGUCUACACCGUCACUCGUUAGAAAGUAACAGAAAUUAUUUUUGAAUGUUUGUAGCACAGUUGAUAGCUAACUUGACUCUUGGUCUUUCUAGAAAUUUGUGUUACUGUUUCUGUCCUCUUUCCACAAUGAACAUAACCACCGAAUAUCUUUACAGUGCUGCUCUCGUUGUUAAAUAACAUCAUUUUUCUUAUCACUAAGGUGAGCAAUAUGUGUGUAUUUUAAAAUGUAAGAAUGAAGUUUUCCACAUUGUUUCUUUUUUUUAAUUCUCAAGUUUUUUGAUACAGUUUUAGCAAUUGUUACUGUUCAAAUUAAACGUACUUUUCUGGAUGGAGACUGUAUGUCAUUGAAUUCAGUGAUACCUUGAUCUUUGUUUAGGCCUCUAUCCAAGUUGAUUUCCAGUGCCCUGUCUUAUCAAAGUAUUUGGAUGUCUUCCUGCAUGAAAUGAGCAUAUUUAAUAACUGCAGAUGUCUAAGCAUAACACAUUCUGUAUACUUUAUUUUGUUUAAUGUUGUUUUUAACUCCCCAGUGUCUUCCACCCACAUAAACAUCAUGUACCCUAACAGCCUUCUUAUUUUAUACAGUAUUCAGUGUAGUUUUCUACUUAAUCCUUUGACAUAGUAACAACAGCUGAUAUUUUCUUGGAUUACUAGUAAACUGUUUAUAGGCACAAUUAAUACCUCAUACCUUGAUAGUUUUAUGUCCAAUAUUUCUGUGAUUUACCUGGCUCUAUUCAGAAUCAAAUUAUGUCCUGUGUUAGUUGGGUAGCAAUCAGAAGAUCAUAUAUGACAGACAUAGAGACAGUUAAAAUCAGUAGAAGAAACUUUCACUGCUAAUUUAUAUUGAACUAGAAAUAUAAAAACAACAGUAAGGACAGAAAAUAUUCAAAAGAAAAACAUUGAAGUAAGAAGGCUUGUAAUCCACGAACAAAUGAGGUGACAGGCUGUGUAAAAUAUCAGAAUAGCUGUCAAAACACUGGAACAUCCUGAGUCAUGUAAUCAAUAAAAAAAAGAACAAAUUUAGUUACAUAAUAACAUUUACAAGUGGGUUGGAGUAAACAAAACCUACACUAGAACAGGAUUGUAAAAUACUUUUUAUAGGACAGUACUUAAAUACAUGGACAAGAUGGUGGCUACCAGGAGAGGAGCACGGAGAAAUCAGUUUUGACAUAUAUGGACAAGAUGGUGGCUACCAGGAGAGGAGCACGGAGAAAUCAGCUUUGACUGAAACACCUGAAAGAGGCACUAAUAAAGGCUUAAAAAAAAGAUCAUGGUAGCAUUACACAUAAUCCACACAUAUGUGCUUAGAAACUAUUUGUUUUUUGUAUUUCACCUCUGAACCCUCAUCAGAUGGCAACAGAGUCAAUCUUAAGAUAAAUAUUGUUUUAAUGUUAUUGCCCCAUGUUCAUAGUAUUGUUGUAAUGGUAGCAGUUGUUGCAUGUUUAAUGUCAUAUCUAAUUUCUUUUACAAAUUUUAAUAUUUUAAAUUGAUCAUCAAUUAGUCCCAAAAUAAAAACAUCUGAUAAUGUUUUCUGACCUUACAGACAAAUGUCAGUGAAUUACAUAACUGAAAGUGUGGAGUAAAAAGUCUUGUUUUUGUGUGUUAAGUAUAUAUAUAGUAUCAAGUUCAUCACUUCUCUGUGUAUUCUUUUCUCUGCCAAUGUGUAUCUUGUGUUCUGUUAUAAAUACUUGCUUUAACAGUUUCAGCAUUUUUACAGACUGAAGCAAAGGGUUUUAUACUUUCUGGUUUCAUUCAGUAUUUACAUUUUGAUGUAAAGAGCUACCUCACCCAUUUAUUUUUUAUUGUAUCUUAAAAGUCUGGUGAUUUAAAUUUUUGAUUUUAAUACUUUUAGUUUAAAUCUGUCUCAAGAGUAUAUCUUGAGAUACCAGAUAAAGUUACAUAGAAGUUAAUGGUUUUUGUGACAUUAACUUUCAUUGUAAAAACUACGUUACUCCUUCCAUCACAGUUUGAAUGGCCCCCCACACAUCAGUGAUAGGUGAAAAAUCAGAACAGUGUCGUGUAUUGCAGUCUAAUUUUGUUCAUUACAAUUAGCACUAAAGUAUUUCUACAUUUUUUAACUUCAAGUUCAAAUAUCAAUUUUAUUAAAUUUUAAAAAUCAUUAUUUUAAAACAUAGAAUGAAUCUGUAGUUCAUUACCAUACCACAGUGUUUAUUUAAGUUGUUUUUAAUCAAACAGAAGAAAGACGUACAUAUUUAGUACUUGCAUUUAAUGUUGCACCUGAAUAUGCCAAUUUUUUCUUAAUAGACAAAAUCGAAUAAACCUAAAAAUUAAGGUAAUAAUGCUGUUGUUUUUGGACAUAAUAAGAAAUAAGUUUUCUAUCUUAAUACAAGAGUCGUUGACUAGGAUUUUUUUUUUUUUUAUUCAUUCAUGAAAUUAAGUUAGUUUUAAAAAUGCACAUCACUUGUUUUUUACAGUUACUCAAAAAUGUUUAGGUACUUUAAUGUUAAGCUGGAGCUAAAAGCUUCCACAUCUGCAUUGUAAUAGAUUUUUAUAAUAGAUUUUUGGUAAUUAUAUUAGUAUGUGUUUGAAAGGUAAAGUUGAGUAAAGCUGUUUGACACAUUUCACAGUGGAGUGUAUAUUUUGUCAGUUGAUGGCUAGAUGAAGAGGCAAGCUUGUUGUUGAGAAGCCAAAACAUCAGUUUAAUGUGCUGUUACUUUCACUUGUUUGGAAUGAUUUAGUCCAGUUGUGACAGUCACUGAAUGGAAUUUGAAAUUAAAUAGUUACUGAAAAGUAGGUUUUAGAGAAGAUGUUUCUAUUAUUACAAAACAAGCAUUUAUUGUUUUUGUUUUAAGUUUAAGAUUGUAAGUGAUAACUAUCAGCUGGAAAUAUUUAUGAUGAUGUUAAAACUCCUAACAUUUCCACAUAUGUUAGCAUUGAAUGAGACAUUAAAUGAAUAACACUAUUCUCAUCAAAGUUUUGUGUUUGUUACAGACACUGUUUUUAUUUCUUUACAUCCAAACUGUCAGGUGCUUAAAGAGGUCCUAAAUGGAUGUAUGUUUUAAGUUUUCUGCAUUUUUACUGUGUAUAUGACAAAUAUUUGUAGUAGAAUGAGUGUAAAUGAAUGUUGAAUAAAACAUGUACAGCUUUUUA